GUGGUCCCCAGUGUGAGACUGACUUGAUCAAUGAAUGUACACCCGGCACGUGUAGUUCUCAAGGAAUGUGUCAAGACGGGGCAGAGAAAGAACCAGUUUGUCUGUGUCCCAUAGUUGGGGAAUACUCGAAACCAAAGUGUGAUGUGGUACAGAAUUUGUGUAAUCCAGAUCCAUGUCAGAAUGGGGCUGAAUGUAAAUCCUGGGGUGCCGUCAGAAGACAGUGUAUCUGUAGGCCUGGCUACACUGGCGCCAACUGUUCUGUUAACAUAAACGAAUGUGGAUCAAAUAGAGAUAGUUGUCUAUACAAUGGAGAAUGUGAGGAUGGAGUUGACUCCUACACUUGUAAGUGUGUGUCAGGCUUCAGUGGAAAACAUUGCCAGACCACCAGUGAUCUCUGUAAUAGAACACCAUGCUCAAAUGGAGGCUGUGUUAACAACUAUGCUAAUGCUACAUACAAAUGUUUCUGUGAAUACCCAUACCAAUUAGGAAGCAAUGAUCAGUGUGAGAUGAUGAAUUUAUGCAACACUACCAACUGUAACAAUGGAACAUGUCUGAAUGGGAAGUGUAGUUGUGUGGAUGGAUAUGAAGGGUCACUCUGUCAACACAGUGUGGAUGAGUGCAAGACCAGCCCUUGUAAAAAUGGAGGGACAUGUGUGGAUGGACAUAAAGACUACAGUUGUGAAUGUCUCUCCGGAUUCACCGGAAACGUUUGUGAAGUGAAUCUAAAUGAUUGUCCAGGAUCAUGUAAUUUGACAUUUACUUAUCUCACUAUUGAUAAAAUUGCUGAAUGUGAAUGCAUUUGUUUGGAUGGAUAUACAGGCAUUGACUGCACGGAAGAGAUUGAUGAAUGUGCUAGUUUUCCUUGUAAGCAUGGAGCCACCUGUGCAGACCGUGUCAAUGACUAUUACUGUAACUGUACAGAGGGAUGGACAGGCAAGAACUGUGACCAGCAAAUCGACUAUUGUACAACCACCUCUAACAAGUGUCAGAGUGGGAAAUGUUUCAACUUGAUUGAUGACAAAUACUGCAGAUGCAGUGCUGGUACAAGAGAUAAUACAUGUGAAGAUAUACCAGAUGUGUGCGAUGUUGUCAACCCAUGUACAGCAAUGGGUUUAUGUAAAAUUUUAAAUGGAACAGCGGAAUGUUCUUGCGAGAGUACCUACACUGGAAACUCUUGUCAGUUAUUGAAAGACUUCUGCACUGAAUCUACCACAUGUUUAUAUAUGAGCAUGCCUGGUACUGGAGGGACGUGUACUAAUCUGGAGAGUGGAGGGUACAACUGCCAGUGUCAGACAGGUUAUUCAGGAGCCACAUGCCAAACUAAGACAACCCUUUGUUCAACCCUGAAUUGUGAAAGUGCUCAGUGCCAUGAGGAGAUUGGUUGUUACUGUCCAGAAGGGAAAAUCCUGACUGACAACAAAGCAUGCAAACAGCCUUCCAAUGACUUUGAUAUGUUGUUUGACCCUCAGAUAGGCGAUGAGGGAGCCUAUACCACCGCUGUUCUGAAUGAUCCUGAUAACAGUGAUUUGUCAUUCAUGUUAUGGGUCAGGUUUAAUAAGGAUCAAAAGGAUAUUGAUAACACUGUGAUCUUGAAGUUGGGAAAUUUUGCAGAAGUAAAAAAUGACUCAAUCACGGUGGGGAAUACAACAAACAACUUUGUGGUAGAUUUUACAAUCUUUGGAAAACCAAUUGAAAUGGAUAAUGGCAAGUGGCAUGUUAUUGUAUGUUCUUGGAAACGAAAUGGAGAAUCAUUAGUUGCUGUAGAUGGUGUCAAAGUCUUUGAAGACCUGUCUCUUCCAGGAAUAUUGCCCAAAGUGUUCAAAGUUGAAAUUGGAAAGAAAUUUGGAGGCCGUAUCUCACAAGUAAAAAUAUGGGCAAAUAGUUUAACAAUUAGUGAUGUUUACAAGCUUGAUGAGAACAAGGAUUAUAAUCCAUCUGGAUCAACUGUUGUUCACGGUUGGUAUAACUAUAGGAUGAACAAAGGAGUUGUUAAAAAGAGUCCUACACAGAUUGAGAAGGGGGAGGUGUGUGAUGUCCCUGCCUGUUCAUCAUCAGAUAAGAUUAAACCAAAAAUCAAGGAUUGUGCAGAUGAUGUCUCAAAACACUCUGCUGACAGAAUCUUCUCAUAUUCACUUCCAAAAUUUAUUAACAUGUUCGAAGAUUUCAAUGAAAGUUUGUCUUUGUCUUCGCAUUCUGGAGGGAAUACCUUCACAAGGGGUGAUUACAGUUUGCUGUUCAUGGCCUCUGAUGAUAAUGGAAAUACAGCUAUGUGUCACAGCAAGUUGUAUGUUAGAUAUAAUCAUGAAUGCCCUGCUCCAAGAACCUUUUCACGAAAGGAUUACUGCUCUGUUUCGAGCAAAGAUAUUUGUAAACUGGAAUGUCCUAGUAAUCAAGAGUUAUCUCUACCUGCUCCCAAAUAUAUACCCUGUUCAGAGCUUGGUGUGUACAAUCCACUAAAACCUCAAGAGAAAAUUGUGUUUCCUUCUUGUGGAGAUAUCAUGUCAACAACAAUUCAGAUAGAUGUGUCAAUGGUGUUUUCCUUACAAGUUACCUGUAGUGAAAUUUAUGAAACAGCAAUGGAAACCAAGCUUAUGGCAGAUUUUAUGAAUAAGAUCUACCAAACUUGGAAUGCAUUAUGUUCUUCAAAUGACUGUUCUGGUGUUUCAAUCAAACCUUCUUGUGUACCUGGUAGUAAACAAAUGAUAGUGGCAAUACAAAUAAAAAGUCUGAGUAACGAGAUCACAAGGAGAUCUGGUGGAUUUGAAAAGUAUACACCUAAAGAGGUCCUAAGAGUUUUGAUAUUUGAAGAGGAUGCAUUUGAUGCUGAGGACAUUGGUGGAGCAAAGGUACUGAAUGAUCAAGUAGUCAUAACUGACACAGUCUCCUGUCCUGCUGGUUACAUGGUUAUUGGAGAGAACUGUGUUGCAUGUGGCAUGGGAACCUUUUACAAUAGUACCAGUCAGAACUGUGAAUUCUGUGCUGUCGGAACUUAUGGAAGUUCAACUGGAUUAAAAGAAUGCAAUAGUUGUGGUUCUGGUAAAACUACACUUGGAGUCGGUUAUACAUCUAAUAUUGAUUGUGUUGUUGGUUGCCCUGUUGGGGAGUUUUGGGAUGGUUCAAAAUGUUCUCUCUGUUCCAAGCACUAUUAUCAGAACAUGACCGGCAAAGAUUACUGCUUUCCUUGUCCACUUGGUAGAAAAACGAGUGGUAUGGGCUCCAACAGCUUUUCACAAUGUUUUGACGAUUGUCCCGAAGGAACAGAGCUAAAACCGGACGGAAAAUGUGUUGAAUGUCCUCGUAGAUAUUAUCGCAGCUUUUUGGAGGAUGUCUGCAUGGAAUGCCCGGCAGGAAACACAACAGCAGGGAAUGGUAGCACCAGUAAAGACAGCUGUGACAUGACUAUAUGUUAUAAUGGAACAUAUCGCAACAAAACAGCAAAUGUCUGUGAGCCAUGUCCAAUCGGAGAAUAUCAACCAAACGAUCUGCAAGAGGAGUGCAUAAAAUGUCCAGAAAACUAUUCUACAAAAGCAGCUGGAAAGAACAGCAGAACAGAUUGUAAAUUUUCAAAUGACACGUCCUACAAUGAGUCAGACAAAGUUUCUCCGCAUUAUUACAUCGGAGUUGGAGGCGCUAUCUUGGUUCUCGUUGCUCUCUCGGUUAUAUUUGGCCGGAUGUUCUGUAGACAUAGAGCAAAUAAACCCCAAAGUUUCUACCUCGACAACCUCACAACUGGGGAUAGGCCAGAGGACACCUAUACCGGACUGUCGAAUUCUGAAGAGUACACAACAAUAAACGAAAUGAACGAAUUGAGUGAGGAUAUGAAUAUGAGGACAUUAAGGGUGUCCACAGCAUCCACUGAUACUUAUCUGACACCGACUGGUCCUCCCAAUUAGGAUAUAAUCGUUCAAGUCUAGGAUCUGUAUCUGAAUGCGAAUCAAAAGAUUAAUAUUAUUCAGGACUUCAUCUUUGUUCUCGUUUUGACCUUAAUAAUUUAACGGAAUAUAUAAAAUAAACAUGUUUAUUGAAAAUUUGGUUAUAGUGAAAAAAGACUCAUUAUAUUGGUUUUGAAAUGAGCAAUUAUUUUAAAAUUGUUUUGUGUUUCUAUAGAAUAAUGUUUUAUGAUGAACAUUGUAUAGAGGGAUUGAACUCCUAACAUUAAAUAAUUUAACAUUUUUUUUUAACUCAGAUGUCAAAUUCUACAGUAUCAUCGAGUCGAUUUUAACUCAUAUGACGAAGAGACACAAUAUUCAUGUACUAUAUGUACAAUACAUUACACGCUACAAUACA